CACGGCUGCCCAGUGCUCUUCAACCCUGAAGGUUAUUCUACUCGCUACCAACAAGCAUUCUGGCCUCAACCCCUUUGUCAAGUUGCGACUUCUACUACACCACUUGUUAACUUCUCAUCUCGAACCUUCAACCUUCCGCCUACUUAGGUGCUUUACUUUCUGCAGUCUCUCCUUGACCUUUCUUUCCAACUCUAUUUACCCCAAGGCAACCUUAUCGCGGCGCAGUUUACUACCCCCAUCCCAAGAAUUGCAGCCUUGGACAAAAAAACAACCUUUUUUCACCUCUUCCAUCACAAUCAUCAUCAUGAAGUUUUCUUCCGGUGCUAUUCUGGCGCUGCCUCUUCUUGCUGCUGCGUCGCAUCAAGAAAGUCCCCUUGAGCAGGCCAAAGCUCAAGCUCAAUUCUGGUUCGACAAGAUCUCCGCCUACAUUCCGACCCCAAGCAAACCACACACACCGGAGGAGGCAGCAGCCAAGGUUGGGGGAAAGACUGUCAACGUUCUGGCUUUGGAAACUUGGGAGGAGACAAUUCGAUCGAGUGUCAAGCCAACUAGCACAACACCAGAAGAAUGGUGGGUUAUGAUUACUGGAGGAAACAAGACCUGCUUCGGCCAUUGCGGUCAAGCAGAGACUGCCUUCAACGAGACGGCGGCUCUUUGGGCGUUUAACCCAAAUGCGCCAAAUCUCGGAUAUAUCGAUUGCGACGACCAACCAGUUCUCUGUAACAGUUGGGGUGCUGGACCACCAAGUCUCUGGAUUAUGGAAGUUCCAAGUCCCGGUGCACCUGUUGAUAUCCGUAUUAAAUCUUUGAAUGCAACCACCACCGAGGUCAAGACUUUCACCGACCUCCACGCCUCUAAGGACUGGAAGAGCAAGCCUGUUUAUGAAGGCUACUUCCAUCCAUUUGACGGUCCUCUGGCCAAGUAUGGUGUUGCAGUUCCUCUUGGAUAUGUUUUCUGGGGUUUUGCUGUUGUUCCUAGCUGGGUUUUCAUGAUUGGUAUUUCCUUCCUUAGCAGAACCCUUAUGUAAGUUCACAUAUACUCGUUUAUAUUCGAGUGUUAUACUAACAGCAACUAGGAGCUCACGAACCACACCACCACGCCGACCUGCUGAUGCUGCCGCUCCCGGCGCAAGAGUACGUCUUGGAGCUCCUCCAGGAGAUGCGAUGUCAUAGUCAAGUGAUCAACUAAUGCUCGUGUAGUAAACAUUGAUGUAUGGAUGUAAUGGAGGAUGGUGGAAUGUAGAGUGCAGUGAAGAAUAUGAUGGUAAUGCCUAGUAGCACAGAAAUAGCGUUUGACAAAUAUAAUUCCAUUCGGUAUCAAAAACAAAA